AUGGACAAGGAGGAAGAGCUCACUCAUCAGAAAACAGUUGGAAAUGACUAUGAUGAAGCUGAUGGCGGCAGUAUAUGUGGUUUAAGAAGGACAAGAGGAGUCAAAGUCACUGCAAAAUACAUUCUCCCAUUAGAAUGUGAGAAAAUGGAGAUCUCCCACCCUACAAACACCCCAGAUCAUUCGUAUCUGCAAAGAGCAACUGGUCCUGUAGAACCACCUGCAAGUCCAUCCCUUCAAAAAACAUCUAGUUUCCCUCACACACAAGAUCAAAAGGGGGGAGGAAAUGGGAGCUUCCCUAUAGAAAUCAGUGUGAAAGAGAACAUAUUGAGGAAACCAGAAGUCUACAAAGAUGAUGAAGGUGGGAGAAGAAUGGUAGAAAGAAAGACGGAGACACCUGAGGGAAUACAGACAUCAAGCAAAAGAAAUCAGCCUUUGGGAACGGAGCCUGAGAGCAAAGAAGAAAAAUCUGGGGGUUCAGAUGUAGCAAGCAGAGAAGAUAAAUUUGGGGUGACAGAGACAGCAAGUAAUGAGGACAAAUGUGGGGGAACAGAAGAAGAAGAGGAGGAUGCAACAGAGAAAGAGAAUAAAGGUAAUAAUUUAGCAACCCAGGAAAAAAGCACUGAAGUAUCUUUCAUGCUGGGGUCUGGAGUUUCCAAACAAACAUUGCAAGAGCUGAAAAACCUACUCAGAAACAAUCCUCUGCUUGGUAACAGGGCCAAAUACACUGGUAAGCCCAGCAGAACUUCUUCCCAUAUACGUCUGCCAAAACCCAAUGAAAAAGCAGUUGACCAACAGGGCAGAUCCUUUGAGUCUCUUUUUCUUCAUUUUGGAGGGGAGAAUCGAAAGCUCCACUUUAUAGACAAUUAUGUAGCAGGGCUGCCAAACAAGCCCCUCUUGGUUCACAGCUCUGCUGGGUCUGAUCAGCAACAAUCAGAAGGCAGCAACAUGGAGCAUCCCAGUAGGAGACAACCACCAGCUUAUAAAAACACAGGCAGCACUCCAGGAAUUAAAUUCGACCCUUCUCCUGACCAGACUGAUCACAGCAGAGAGCCUGACAUAAACAAUCCUGGAAGUCAAUCUUCCCUUCGUCUGGUCUCACUUAUUGACCACAUUAAACAACAGAUGGCCAGAGAAAAUAUUCAGUUUGUCAGAUUUGAAGCAACUGACCUGCAUGGAGUGUCAAGAUCCAAGAGCAUUCCUUCUCGUUUUUUUCAUGAAAAAGCAAUCUAUGGUGUGUCCAUGCCCAGAGGAUACCUUGAACUGACCCUGAACCCUAAGGACAGUGAAGUGGACCACAUAAGUGCAACCAAUUUUAAUUGUGACAUACUCCUGAGCCCUGAUUUAUCAACAUUUAGAGUCCUACCAUGGACUGAACAAACUGCUAGAGUGAUAUGUGAUUCCUUCACUAUACUGGGAACCCCUCUAUUGACCUCACCCAGGCACAUUGCCAAACAACAGCUGAGCCAACUUCAGGACAAUGGCUUGUCAUUGCGCUCUGCCUACACCUAUGAAUUUUGUAUUUAUGGCAUUGCUGAAAUUGUAAAUUCAAAGACGAUAUCUUUUCCUGCAGCAAGCAUACUCAAUAGUUAUGACCAGCUUUUCAUUCAGGAACUCAUUGAAGGAAUGUAUCACGCUGGUGCCAACAUUGAGAGCUUCUCUUCCUCCACUUGGCCUGGACAGAUGGAGAUCUCUUUUCAUCCAGAGUUUGGCAUAGGUGCUGCUGACACUGCCUUCACCUUCAGAACAGGCAUUAAAGAAGUGGCAAAAAAGUACAACUACAUUGCAAGUUUUUUCACAGAGAAUGGGUUCUACAAUUCGGGGAUUCUGUCACAUAGUCUGUGGGAUUUCAAUGGCCAAAAGAAUUUGUUUUCUGUUGAUUGGGGGGUUCAGGCGCUCACUGAUGUUGGAAAGAAUUGGCUAGCAGGGCUCUUGGUGCAUUCCGAAGCUCUCAGCUGCCUGAUGGCUCCUACGGUCAGCUGCCGUAAACGCUAUUCCAAAUGUGGUAAGGAAUCAAAAGAAUUUGUGACGGCAAAAUGGGCAUUUAAUGAUAAUAGCUGUGCCUUUAACAUUAAGUGUCAUGGUGGAAAAGGCACUCAGAUAGAUAACAGGCUAGGUUCAGCUACAGCAAACCCCUACCUGGUGCUUGCUGCUACUAUUGCUGCAGGCCUGGAUGGAGUAAAGAGAAAACUUAGCUUCCAGGAUGCGUCAGAAGAGAACCAGAACACUGCUCAGUUGAAACCUGCAGCAAUCCCUUUGAAACUAGAAGAUGCUCUUGCUGCACUUGAGGAAGAUUUGUGCCUUAGGGAAGCACUGGGUGAUACCUUUAUUCGAUACUUUGUUGCCAUGAAACAUUAUGAGUUGGAAACGGAAGAAACGGAUGCUGAACGGAAUAAAUUUUUAGAAUAUUUUAUUUAGAAUCAAUUAAACAAAACCUGUCUUCUAAUUAGUAGAAAAAAUUAAAUCUGAAGUAAUGCUGUGUAAAUGCUCAAAGAUUAAUAGAACAACAUAAUUGGAAAUUAGAACUAUUUAUAAAUGUUUACUAAUUUUUCCCCCCACCAUCUCAUUUUUUAAUAUAGUAGGUGGUGACUGCAUAUUCCUGUAUGAGUGGACUCAACAGCCCAGAGAACUAGUGUUCAUGAAGUAGUGCUAAGAGGCUUUUAAUUUUUUUCCUAAUUUCUAAGAAAACCUUAAGCAAGAAUGAUUCUGCUGGAGAAAAGAUGAGAAGAGGAGCUGAAAGGACAAUGGUCAAAAUAAGGAAAAGUAAUAGGAAGAUGGAAGAAAACAGGAAUAGCAGGGAGGGAACAUUUUGUUCCUAUUUUUCCAUUUUCCUCCCCUUCUGCAUGGUUAUGGGAUUUUCUUCAGAAGUGCGCAGUGUAGCUUGAAAGCUGGAGCUGAAGAAUCAGAUGCUGAGCGUACGUCAAAGUGAAGGACUAGAAUGCUGAACAUUUUGGUGGAAAAGCAAAGCAAAGGAGUCAUGGGUGGAGGACAGUGUGGAGUAGAAGGAACCAGCAUCUGAAUCAGAGAGGUGGAAGUUGAGAGCAAGGAGAAGGGGACUGAGAGUGAUGUAUAAAUUAGGGGUAUUGAUUGGUUGGAGAUUACAGAAGGGCCAGGUGGAUUGAUGGGGAAUGGGACGGGGUAAGCUGGCUGAGUGAAAGGAGAUGAAAUGGUAGGUAGAAAGAACAAGAGAAAAUAGUACUCAAUAAGGAUGAGGUUGGAGGAAUGCAUGGGCGGUGGGUAUCACAGGCCAGGUGAGGCUGAGCCUCCGCAAACAGCCCAGGGUGGCCCCAUCCAUACUAGACUCCCAGGCCACCUGCUGCCUGCUUCACCGCUGUUCUGCUGGAGCUCUGGCUGGGGCAGGCCCAGUACUGGG